UCUACAAACACACUCACAGAGAGCGAGUCACACAAAACACAAAUCCCAAAAGAUUCAGAGGAAGAAGAAGAAGAAGAGAUUGAAACAAUGGCGUCAACGACUCUCUCAAUCGCUACCACAAUCCGUUCCUCAUCUCCUCUCACUUCCGCUUCAACCCAUCACUUCCCUUCCAAACCCACCGCAAUCGAAUUCCCAUUUCGUCUCGGUUCUUCAACCCACCGUGCAAUCAACCUCCGUCCCAUCGCUGCCGUCGAAGCUCCGGAGAAAAUCGAGAAGAUCGGAUCCGAAAUCUCAUCCCUUACCCUCGAAGAAGCUCGUAUCCUCGUCGACUAUCUCCAAGACAAGUUCGGUGUUUCCCCACUCUCUUUAGCUCCCGCUGCAGCGGCUGUAGCAGCUCCGGCCGACGGUGGUGGUGCGGCGGUUGUAGAAGAACAAACCGAGUUCGAUGUUGUUAUCAAUGAGGUUCCGAGUAGUUCUCGUAUCGCAGUGAUUAAAGCUGUAAGGGCUUUGACUAGCUUGGCCUUGAAGGAAGCUAAGGAGCUUAUUGAAGGGUUACCAAAGAAGUUUAAAGAAGGUGUGACUAAAGAUGAAGCUGAAGAAGCUAAGAAGACUCUUGAAGAAGCUGGUGCUAAAGUCUCCAUUGCUUAAGGUUUUUUUUAAUAAUAAUCGAAAUAAAAAAUGUGAUUUUUCGGAAUUUAUGAGUCCUUUUUGUGUUGUUUAGUAUAGUUUGCUUUUGGAAUUGUUGAGAAAUUGUUGUACUUUGAAUCAAUUUGGUUUAAGUUCUUUCACAAAGUGCUUUGAUUUGAUGAUG